AUGGCUAAGUUUAUCAAAGCAGGAAAAGUUGCUAUUGUCGUUAGAGGUCGUUACGCCGGUAAGAAGGUUGUUAUCGUUAAGCCACACGAUGAAGGUACCAAGGCUCACGCAUUCCCACACGCCAUUGUUGCCGGUAUCGAACGUUACCCAUUAAAGGUCACCAAGAACUUAGGUGCUAAGAAGAUUGCUAAGAGAACCAAGGUCAAGCCUUUCGUUAAGUUAGUUAACUACAACCACUUAAUGCCAACCAGAUACUCUUUAGAUGUCGAAUCUUUCAAGGCCUCAGUCACCUCUGAAGCUUUAGAAGAACCAUCCCAAAGAGAAGAAGCCAAGAAGGUUGUCAAGAAGGCUUUUGAAGAAAAGCACCAAGCCGGUAAGAACAAGUGGUUCUUCACUAAGCUUGCCUUUUAA